AUAUAUAUUGAUUUAUAAAAUGAUGAUCAAAAGCUUUUGUUAACUAAUCAGUUGAGAUAACACAUAAAGCUCUUUCUAAAUUUUGUUCUAUAAAUUAUGAUUUUGAUUUCUAUUUUAUUAAUUACACCAGCAUCUACAUACUUCUGAAAAACCAUAAACAUGUUUAUUAUAUUGAAUCGAUUCAUAUUUAGUUGAAGUUUGAAAGAUCAAAAUCAUAGUGAUUGACAUAUACUUGGAUUCAGGGAUGCCUUGUGAUAAUUAUUGCCUAAUGGGAACUGAUAUAUAGCUAGCUAUUCUAGCUUGUUUUUAGGAAUUUCUCAUUUGCCUUAUUCCAAUUUUUCUUAUUCAAUUUUUAAAAUGAAAAUAUUUCAGUAUUUACAAUAGCUAAAAUUAGUACUACUUUUGCCUCUUUUUGUAUCUAGUGCUUUGCAUAGUGUCUGGGACAUGGUAGACACUUAAUAAAUGUUUAUUGAUUGAUAUUGAUUACUGCUUUAUCUAGCAGUACUCUGAACAAUUGUGAACGAUUACAGAUCUUUCUGACCAAUUUUUUUUUUAGAACAACUGAUUUUCGAAUGUUUUACCAAAGGAUAAGUAUUUAAUUUUCUGGUUAUAUUUAAUAUGCUUAAAUCUAUAAAGCUAUUAUUGUUAAUUGAGGAAGAACCUUCUGAGUAAGAUUUUUAAGUUCUAUUAAAUGUAUCUAAAUGUUAAAAUUUAAAAACUAAAUAAUUAAUGAAAUUAAUAAAUUAUAAGCUUGGUAAUGGAAUAAACUAUUAGGAGACAAGCUAGAAUGGUUACUGGAAAAUAUGGAUCCAGUAAAUAUGGAUAUUAUCCAAAUUAUGUGAAUUUCCUUAGUGAAAUUAAAAAUGUAUGAAGUGCCUAAAUUGUAGCCUGCUAAAUAUUUUUAUAGACUUGAUGUGAUGCCUCAAGCUUACUAAAUGUGGUAGUGAUUUGGGUAAUUUGAGAGAUGACAUUCUGUUGAUAUCAGUGCUAUUUCUCAUUGUCAUUGUAUAUCAUAGAUUGUCAGAAGUGAAGUGAACAGAAUCUCACAGUUUAUAUAACCAGCUCCUUUCUGAAGCAUAAGACCAUCUUUCAGUGUACUUUCUGGUCUCAACUUAAAAACUUCUGAUGAGGAGGCACUAAUUGAUGAUGAAAUCCAUUCUAUUUUUUGAACAGAACAUAUAGUUAAGUCUUCCUUAGACUGAGUCAAAAUCUUAUACUUCAACCUCUUUUGAUCUUAUUCUUGCCGAAUAAUUCCAAAUCCCUCUUGGAUAUAACCCUAAAUUUAUUUUUAGUUUAGGCAAUUGUAAAUCUGUUCCCCCUCCCAUCUACUCUGAUUUUUCUCUUUUAAGGCUAAAUAUACAAUCCUCGUUUCUUGAUCCCAGGACUAGUUCAAGUAGAUGUACUGUAAAAGGAAUUCUUGUUCAGGUAUGGGUUGGAAUAAAUUACCUUUAAAAUUCCUUCAACCCUUAAGAAUGUAUAGUUCGGAUCAUUGUGCCUUAGGCAAGGUUUGAAAAUAGCAUCCCAAGUAUGAUCACGACACACUGCAUCACAAAUUAAUACCAGUCAGGUAUUUAAACCUUAGCAACACAGAAAGCAGAUUUUCCUAACAGUUUAAAAAUGUGCAUUUAUUAUAAAGUAAUAUUAUAUCCCUCACUUAAUGCUGUGGUUGUGUACUUUAUCUAUACCUGAUCUAUAACUCUAGAUUUAUUGCCAUGGUAAGCCAUCUUGAGCUUGAAGAACUCUUGUAUCGGACAAUUUACUACCUCCAGGAGUAGCUCAUUACAUUUUUAGACGGCUCUUAAUUGUUGUGAAAUUUUUGUUGUGACAAAUCAAAAUAGCUUCUCUGAAUCUUUGGUCCAUUGUUCCUAGUUGUGAUCCCACAGUGGAAGUCAGCAGCCCCUGGUGCUUUGCUAUCACAACUGCAGAUGCUUCAGUAGGGUCAGUUGUUUCACCAGUCAUCAUGGCCUUCCCAUGGCAGUGGGAAAAUCCUAGACUAUCUCCUUCAAAUCAAACAGUUAUCAGACAAGGGCAAAGGAGCUUAUAAGACAAAUGCUUUCUCCUCUCCCCCAAUUCCUUUUACUCUCUCCCCCCCCCAUUAAAAAAUAUCAAUGAAUCAAUUGGCCAAUCAGCAAACCUUUAUGAAAUGCUUCUUAUGUGUCAGGCAUAUAUCCUGAAAAUACAAUAGAAAAAAGAAGUGAAGAAGUAGCCUUUACUACGGCAUCUUGGGCUGCUUUGCUGAAAAGAAAGCAAGUAGCCUUGCUUUUCCAAUUCACAUUGGAAAAAUAUUUGUUGAGUAAGAGUGAGAUAUGUUAAAAUUUCUGGUAAUUUAUGAUAUUGUGGAUAAAAUAUUCUGAAAAGAUCUACUAAAUAGAUUUCUUAAGUUAGCAGGCCUGCCACCACCGUAUCAUGAACAUAAUUUACUCUAAAACUUUAAAGAAUAUAUAUAUAUAAAACUGUAAAAUAAUGUAGCCUCUUGAUCUCUUAGAAGAAAGCCUUUUUUAUUCAUAGCAUGUGUUGGAUUUGUAAUCAUAUCUUACCUAUACCUCUCAUCAGAGUUGUCUUUAGAAUAAUGCAAACUGGGGAAAGCUCUCCCUCGACCUCCUUACCUCUUUCUCCUCCCCCCAAUAGAUAGAUAGUGAAUAUCACAAGAAAGUGUCUGGUAGGUAGGGAAGGGAUCCUAGGAUUUUAGAGCAAGAAGGGAAUUCAGAGGGAGGUCUCUCUCUGUUUAUUGAUAUAGUCCAUUUUACAUAACAGUAUAUUGCCACCCAUCUUUGUGUUUCCCAAAAUGUCUCUUAAAAUGUGUUAGCUAGAUGUUGUUUCUUUUUGUCUCUUAAAUGGAUUCACCUAAGAUAGUGGGACAUAAAAGGUUUAAGACAUGGGCUACUCUCUUACCUUUGUUUCCAAAGGAAAAUGGUGACUGAUUGCUCAUCCUUCUAUCUAGGGUUACAUUUACUUCUUUAUGUCUUUCUCCAUUUUAGGGAGAAAGAAUUACAGAUACCUCAAGAACAGCUUUUAUGCAAUAAGGUUUUACAAAGAAAAAGUUUUUUUUUUUUUCAACUAAGUAGUUAAAAUAAGCUUUGUUAAUUUUGCUAGUUCUAAGCAUAUUUUCACUUCUCUGACUAUUCAAAAUAAUUUUUGAAUUUCACAAUUUGUCUUUAUAUUCUACAAAAUAUUUUGUAUAUUUGCAAAAAUUUGGAUGUUUUGUUGCUUGGGUUAUAUAAAAUUUCCAGGCAUUUUAUUGUUUUCCUAGAAACAAUGAAUUUUGGUUUUUAUAGCUUUAAAAUAACAACACCAUUUGAAAGCUAAAAUUUCGAGAUUGGCAAUAUUGUGAAAAUAUAUGAAAAAUGAAAUGGCUGUGAGCAAUGUUUUGUUUGUUUUUUGUUUUUUUCUGGACUGAAAUGUAGAUUUUUCUUUGAAAAGUAUUCCCUAAUAUUUACCUACUCUGUGUGAUUUGGCUCUUUCUCUGUAACUGUUAAUAUAUGACAUGGAGUUAAGCUAUCUGGGAUCUGGAAGUAUCUGAAGUCUGUAUUGCAUAUCCUGAUUCACAGGCGUUACAUUACAAAACUGGCUUCCUGCCUUCUGUGUUUUAUUGUUAUGUUCUCAGAAGCUGCAUUGUUUGUUGCAGUUUAUGCAUUAGCUGUUGUCUCAAUGCUUAUUCAGUUUCCUGCAGGCUGACAAAGUGGGAGGUGCUUUGUUUGAUACAUUGCUGAUUUUUCACUGUGAGCUUGUUCUGGAGUGCACAUUGCAGCCAUCUUAAUUACAUUUCAGUGCAACUGAGACAGUGCAGUGUCUCAAAAUGGCUGCUUGAAUGUUCUCUGUAGCAGUUUAGCUUGAAUAUAUGCUAAUAAGCAAAUCUUUUGUAGUCACAUGCAUCGGGACUAGAGAUUCAAAAUGGAAAGUACAGAAGAACCUCAGAAAAAAAUCUUUAAAGCCCGAAAAACAAUGAGAGUGAGUGAUCGUCAACAACUUGAGGUGGUAUACAAAGUUAAAGAAGAGCUACUGAAAACUGAUGUCAAACUUUUAAAUGGCAAGCAUGAAAAUGGUGACUCUGACCUAAAUUCACCAUUAGAUAGUACUGACUGCAUAGAUGAUAAGGAGGUGAAUGGCAUAGAAGAUGUUUGUUUGGAUCUUGAAGAAAAGAAAUCUGAAUUGAAAGAACCCUCUCCUAAUUUCUUAAAUAUUGAUGUAAGAGAAGAGGAUGAAGAUUCAAGUCAAAAAUGUGAAACAGCAUCUCCUAAAAACACAGUUUAUGAACCAGAACAAGAUACUGUCCCUGAAACUGAAAACACAGUUCCCAAUAGCAAUAAAGAAGAUGGUGAUAUCCGUGAAAAAAAUAGCACAGAUGAUGAAAAUUUGGACCAAAGAGAAGAAAAAGAGAGCCCACUUGAAGAUAAAACUAUAGUUAGUGAUAAAAUUGAAAUUGAAGAAGAAAAACUGGAGCCAAAUACUGUGUCUGUUAGUGCUGAUCUUCCUACCGAAGAUGAAAAGAAUAUGGAGGAAAAUCCUGUUACAGAGUCAGCUUUUGAAGAAGAAGCUAUAUCUAGUAGUAUGGAAAUAGACAAAGAUGCAAAGAGUGAAAAUGACAAAUCUCCAGGUCUUCCAGAAACCACUGAUGAAAAUGUUGAAGAUGAGAAAAAUGAGAAAAUUUUAGACAACACAGACUCUAUGGAGACAGAUGAAAUUAUUCCCAUUUUGGAAAAGCUAGCUCCUGCUGAAGAUGAACUUAGCUUUUCUAAAACUUCUCUCAUUCCGCUUGAAGAGACAAGCCCAGAUUUGGGAGAAAAAUUGGAGAACUCCCUAGGUUCACCAUCCAAGCAAGAGAGUAGUGAGAGUUUGCCAAAAGAGGCUUUCUUGGUACUCUCUGAUGAAGAGGAAGGUUCUGGUGAAAAAGAUGUUGAAGUUGUGUUGCCAAUUGAAUCAAGUUCUCCAGUAGAAACAGAGACAAAAGAAAAGGAUUCAAAAUUGGAAGAAGAAAAGGAAGCCCAUAAAGAAGAAGAAAGGCCUGGAAAAAAUGAAUUGUUGUCGAGGAGAAAACGGUCCAAAUCAGAAGAUAUGGAUAAUGUGCAAUCUAAACGUCGUCGAUAUUUGGGAGAAGAAUAUGAAGCAGAACUUCAAGUAAAGAUUACUGCAAGAGGAGACAUCAACCAGAAGCUCCAAAAAGUUGUACAGCGGCUUUUAGAAGAAAAACUGAGUGCUUUGCAGUGUGCCGUAUUUGAUAAGACCUUAGCAGACUUGAAAAUGCGUGUGGAAAAGAUUGAAUGUAAUAAAAGGCAUAAAACUGUUCUUACUGAAUUGCAGGCUAAAAUAGCCAGGUUGACCAAACGCUUCGGAGCAGCCAAAGAGGACCUUAAGAAAAGACAAGAAAACCCACCAAAUCCACCAAAUCCACCUGUGUCACCAGGGAAGUCAUCUGCAAAUGAAGUUGUUAGCAUUAAUAACUUAACUUAUAGAAAUGCUGGCACAGUGAGACAGAUGCUGGAGUCUAAGAGAAAUAUUGGAGAAAAUACACCAACUUUUCAAGCUCCUGUCAAUGCAGUAUCUUCAGCCAGUCUUGCCACCCCGCAGACAAUGGUCAGUGGUCAACCUAAAUCUCAAACUCCAGUAACCUCUGGUUCCUUGACGGCAUCAGUUCUUCCUGCACCAACUACGGCUCCAGUAGUUGCUUCUACCCAGGUGUCUAGUGGAAACUCGCAACCAACAAUAUCUUUACAGUCUUUGCCAGUGAUCUUACAUGUACCUGUUGCAGUAUCAUCCCAGCCUCAGCUCCUACAGGGCCACACAGGGACUUUGGUCACUAAUCAACAGCCUGGCAAUGUUGAAUUUAUUUCUGUGCAAAGUCAGUCUACAGUUAGUGGUCUUACCAAAAAUCCCACACCCUUGCCAUCAACAAACCCCACCAAACCAAAUAACAGUCCAUCUGUAACCAGUCCUAAUAUUCAGAGGAACUCUCCAGCCAGUGCUGCGCCAUUAGGAACAACACUUGCAGUACAGGCUGUUUCAGCAGCACACCCUAUUGCACAAGCCGCAAGGACUUCUUUACCUGCAGUAGGUACUUCAGGACUGUUUAAUCCAGCCAGCAAUCGAUCUAUACAGAUGAAAAUUCCACUUGCUGCAUUUGGUACUACUUCUACUGCUGAGCCUAGCAGUACCACAGUUCCAUCUAGAAUUGAGAACCAGACCAACAAAACCACAGAUGCUUCUGUGAAUAAAAGAACAGCUGAAAAUACACCACAGAGUGGAAAAGCCACAGGCAGUGAUUCAGGAGGUGUCAUUGAUCUCACAUUGGAUGAUGAAGAAGUUGGUACUUCCCAAGAUCCAAAAAAACUAAAUCAUACAUCUGUGUCAUCAGCGAUGAGUCAGCCUACUCAGCCUCUUCCUCGUCCAUUGCAACCCUUGCAGCCUGCUCCUUUGCAGCAGGCUGGGGUGCCAACAAGUGGACCAUCCCAAACGACCAUACACCUACUACCUACAGCUCCAACCACCGUGAAUGUAACACACCGGCCAGUGACUCAGGCAACUACAAGACUCCCUAUUCCAAGAGUUCCUACUAAUCAUCAAGUGGUUUAUACCACUCUUCCUGCACCACCAGCCCAAGCUCCAGUAAGAGGAGCAGUUUUACAAAACUCUACUGUACCUAUUCGACAGGUCAAUCCUCCAAAUGGGGUCACAGUGCGAGUGCCUCAAGCAGCUACAUAUGUUGUAAAUAAUGGACUAACCCUUGGAUCAACAGGACCUCAACUAACAGUACAUCACCGACCCCCACAGGUGCAUCCUGAGCCAUCUCGCCCUCUGCACCCAGCACCCCUACCAGAAGCCCCUCAACCACAACGUCUGCCCCCUGAAGCUGCCAGUACCUCCCUUCCUCAGAAGCCACACUUGAAGUUAGCUCGGGUCCAAAGCCAGAAUGGCAUUGUCCUGUCCUGGAGUGUCCUGGAAGUGGACCGUAGCUGUGCCAGUGUAGAUAGCUACCACCUCUAUGCUUACCAUGAGGAUCCCAGUGCCACAAUGCCAUCACAGUGGAAGAAAAUUGGGGAGGUAAAAGCACUUCCUCUGCCUAUGGCAUGUACUCUCACUCAGUUUGUGUCUGGCAGCAAGUACUACUUUGCUGUCCGAGCCAAGGACAUUUAUGGACGUUUUGGACCUUUCUGUGAUCCACAGUCAACGGAUGUGAUCUCUUCCCAGAGCAGUUAAACACUUGGAGCCUUUACAUCUGUCUCUCUUUUCAGAGUUUACUUUUUUUGGUCUUGUUUUUAAUCUUAUGCAUGAUAUUCACUGUAAAAUCCACAUUCUGCAAGAUUUCUUGGACAGAUGUGUGUAAUACACUACAUACAUUUAUAUCCAGAAGUAAAAUAAACUCUCAGUCCACAAAGCAAGAACUAUUUUCCUGGACAUUUCAAGCUUCAGGAUUUUGAAAUAUAAAUGUGCACCUUCCUUUGAGUUUUGAGAUUUGGGGGACAUUUUGUGUGUAUGAGAGUGUGAGUGUGAGAGAAUGUGUGGGUGUGAGUGUUGCUUUCCUGUUUGUUUGUUUGUUUGUUUGUUUGUUUGUUUGUUUCAUUGCAGCAGUUUCUCCUCUUUACAUCCUUUACAUCCUCUUUACCUCUGUUUCAGGAUAGAGUGUAAAGGUCAAGGAGAAAAUAGCAUGAAAAGUUAGGAUUUUGCUUCUUAAUGAGGGUGGGUUCAUACUUUGCACUACAUAACUGAAGCUAAACAUAAUCCAAAGAAACAAUCAAACAAAAAGCACAUGCAAACUAAUUUUCCACUAGGCUAAUCCAAACAUAAAAUAGAUUUCUUCACAUCUUUCUUAACUUGGGUCCCUUUCCUAGUCUCUGCUUAAGAUUUGACUGGAGGAGGGAAAGGAAUAUUUUUCUUCUGACCUACUCACUCUCUGUGCUGAAGAUAUGUUCUCAAAAUGCAAACAUAUUAAUGAAGGAAGAGGACAUUAAUUCUGGUCAGUUUUAGUAAAGAUAAAAAGCUCUUCUGCUCGAAUCUGAGAACAUCUCUAGCCUAUUUAUUAUCUACUUAAUUAACAAUCCCCCUCAGCCAUUCCCGUCUCUUACCAAUUCUUUUAAAUUUAUUUUGUGCCUUAAAAAAUAACUGUAAAAAUAAACAUGGCCAUAUCUCCAUUGUGUUUACUUUUUUCCCUUUGAGAUUUUCAUUUUGUAUCUCCAUUUUCCCCUAACUUCAAAAAAUGAUUUUUUUUUUCCUAUUACAAGAUUUUGUGGUUAGGGGAAACAAAACUUUAGACUCUUUUAUGAUUCUUAUUCCAUGGCAUCAUUGGGUCUAUUCAAAAUUUGUGAAUAAGCUGUCUGUCUUCCCUCUUCCCUCAUUUAUAAUAUGUUCAAAAUUCUACUACCAGUUAAGCUGACUGCAUGCAGUAUGUGGACUGAAAUUUUACCAGGUUUUAUUUUUAAAGCAUCAUCCUUCAUACAUCUAUUGGCAUUGGUUUUGCCCACUUGCUACAGAGAUUAAUAAGGCAAUUGUAGCUUAUUAUUACCAUAAAUUUUUAAUACUCUCUUCAUUUUAGAGUAGCAAAACUAUGUCCAAUAAGUAAGAUCCAAAGCAAAACUUAGCUUUAUAAAACUUGUUAAAUUUAUUGUCUCAAUGUUUUGGAGCAACCAGUGUGCUAUUUUAAAAUAAAUCAAGUGGAGAAUGGUUCACAUCUUUUCUCACAUCGUUCUUUUUGACCUAUUCUAAGCAGUCAUGCAGAUAAAAAACUUUUUCUUAUCUUUUAAUAGUGCCAAGGUGAUAGUUAGACCUGCCCUCAUAAAAUUUUAUAUAUACUUUGGUCAGAAUUAAAGGUGUAUCUUUCUGUGUUGUUUUACUUAGCAUACUUAAAACUUCUGGGAAUCAUAAUUUAGCUCCAAAGGGAUUCAGCCUUAGAUCAUGACUUGUUUGUUUAAUGUCAACCAUAUUGGUAUUCAACAGAUAUUGGGAGUAGAUAUGUUGCUGGGGAUGGGAGGGUUGGAAUAAAUUGGAAGAGGUAGGUAGGAGAGGGUUAUAAAAGACUUAUGAAUAGAGUCUGUGAAAUAACUUUCUAAAUUUACUAUGUUGGUGGCUUUAUUCUUGGCCAUCUCAUUUUCAAAAAUCUAAUUCUGAGAUUUAUAACUUUCUUGAAGCAUAGGAGGGGGGGAGCUUUCUUGGCUCUCCUCCUGUCCUUUUUUUGUAUAUCUUUGAUGGUUUGUAGUUGGGCCUGUAAGGAAAUUAUCUUCUGAGAGCGUUCACACUUCAGAUUAAGGUAAUGUCGUCUGUUAGUGUGAACAACAUAGGCUUGGUGCUGAACAAAAGCCUUUCUAACUACUGAUUGCCAAUAAUGUAAUGCUCUGAUGCCUUCCUUUCACUUUCAAGGAAUAAGACUAAAUGAGAAGUAGGGUUCUAAUAAAACCAGUUGGUUCUUUUAUUGUUUUUAUAGUGCAUAUGUUUAGAGCCAGUUCUUGCCAACUAUGGGCCUUGUAGUCAUUUCUAGAGCAUUUUUAAGAAUGACAGUAAAGCAGUUGCCAAUGCCACACCACAGAACACUGAGGUAGAAAUUUCAUUUGAAAGAGAUGUCCUAUUUUAUAUAUGUAUAUAAAGAUAUGCAUACUUGUAUAUACGAAUUUUUUUUAACUGUCAAGAAGAAUUGCUUAUGUUUAAUUCCUGACUACAGUGUGCCCAUCUUUGACAAAGUUCUCUAUUGGCUUGUUUAAUGGUUAUGUGACACCCACCUAUUUGCUGACUUGGCUAGGGAAAAAAAAUAUGUUGACUAGAGUAAUCAAUAUGACUUUACAUUUACAUUCAUCAUUGUCACUAAUACAACAAAAGCCUUCCUCGUAUAAAGACAUAGAAAUCAGGUAACAAAGCCAAGCAAGCAAAAUAGAUUUCCUUAUUUGCCCUGUCUUCCCAUUGUGUGUUUUGUGAGAGGAAAAUAAUUGGGAAUCUCAACUAGUAAUCCAGAAGAUGACUUUAAAAUUUUGUUUCCCGUAGUAAAAUAGGGCAAAAAUAAUACUCGGAGCUUUUUCUUGUUCCAAACAGUGGAAGGAAGUUGCAAAGAGAAUUGCAGUAACUUGGAGACAGCAAAUUAGGGACUUUGAGUCCUCGUGUAGAACAAUAUUCAAUAUGUGUAAUUUUAUUGUUUUAGUUGUUAAUGGUCUGAUUACAAGUGUUUAGACAUAACCAGUGGAUUGAUAGUGCAUUUUUGUCUGUUAACUGCAGCCAACCCUCGGACUAGUACCCCUAGAGGGUGUGGAGGCUGCAGCUGAUUGAAUGUGCAAAAAGGGGUCUGGGCUAAAACUGAAAGCACUUCUCAUUCUUGGCUUGUUUCACUUUGAGAGUUUGGGCUUUUGAUGUUACUUUUAGGGAAAAGCUGAGAUCACAAAUAACUAGAAGUAGCCACUUUGAACAGUUCUGCUCUGGUUAAGAGUUACACUCCAUGAUACCUCUUUACUCCAUGGUACCUUUUCACAGAGUAUUAUAAGCUGGAUUUUCACAUUAUGGGAAUGCAAGGUUGCUACAUUUUUAGUAAGGCAACAUCUCCUUAAGUGUUGCCUGUUGGAAAUCUUGAGAAUUUUGAGGAUUUUAACUUGAAAUGUAGUAAAAGUUUAGUUGAUUUUGAAGUGGCAGUGCUGUUCUUUUUUUUUUUUUUUUUUUUUAAUAUAAUUUUGUACUUUGUCAAAUUAACGGUUCACUCUGUUUUAAGUGUGAUUAUUCCUUUCAAAAAAUUUGUUCUUGCCAGUAAAUAUGUAAAUGGAAUAUGGACUCCACCUGUUCAUAAAUAGAACUUUAUCCUCUCUCCAUUUCUCAAUAUAAAGAAUACUGUGAUACUUUCCCAAAAACUUGUUUAUGGUGGAGUUGUGGCAAAUAGUUUCUUCUUUAUUGGAAUCUGACUCUUCACUGGGAAUGACCCUUUCUUUUCCUCACUCAUCUUUUCCUUUUUUAUAUUAGCUGGUAAUAAGUACUCUGAAGAAACCUCUUAAACCAAGCAACUUGGGAUAAUUUGCAAUGUUAAGGUACAUAUGUCCUUAGGCAAAGCUGCUCCAAAAGUGGCUUGAUUGCUUUAUACACUUUCCUCUAUUUUAUUAAGUGUUAACUUAGCUUUUGGUUUUUAAUUUCUGUAAUUUAAAAUGGAAAAGGCAAACUAUAUGAAGUCCUACCUACUACCAUUUAUGUAGUGUUAGUAGUACUGCAUGAUCUUUAUAAUGUGUUCAUCAACUUUGGUCUCUGAAAGUUUUCCAGUACUGUACAAAAUUGAAAAGAAAAAAAAAAAAGUAAUGCCUGUGGUAUCCUUCAUCUUCUCUGCACACUGUGAUCUUUACACAGAGUUACUUCAAACCUCCAAGUGUUCUCUUCCUAGCUUCCCUUCUCCUUGGGCCAUUUCUAUCACUAUCCUGUGAUUUCUCAUUAUGAUGCAGAUCUGUGUGUGAACCUAGUUUUGCUCUAAUUCCCAGAAUAACCAUGUCCCAGUAUUAGGUAGAUAAUUGCAAAUAACACUAUCCAAAAGCAAGCUAAAAAAGCAAGCUAUGAACCUGCCUUCCUAAGUAUUUACAUUUAGGAAACUGUAAAGUCUUCUUAUCUUUUGGUGGGGUUUUGGGGUAAAUACAAGUGUUGGCAACUUAAAGGAGUUCAGAUGAGGUUGUUCUAUGACAGCCAUAUUUGUUAAUCAAUAUUCAUCCCCUUGAGCCAGCAGAUGGGGAGUCUUAAGUGCUAUAAAAAUGAACUCAAGAACAGAAAUGAAAUGUUUUAUCUUGCUUUUCAUUUUCAAAUUAUUUCGUCAUUAUCAUGUUAAAAUCAGUUUCUCCUUGUUUCUCUUUUGUUGUAUACUUAGGCCGAAUACUUACUUUUUAUAUUUAAAUGCUGUCUGUUUAAAGAGUUUUGUUUGUAAAUAAAGUUUUUGGGCUACCAUCCUACAUUUGGGGAUCCAGGCUUUAGUAAUUUAUCAGCCAUUUAAAAAUUGAAUAUAAGAAUAAAUACUUUGUAGGAAA